CAUUAUUCGGCGGGCGGUGCAACUGUUAAGACGUCUCCAAUCCUCAAUUACAAUGACGAAGCUAAGGCAGUAUUCCCUGCUGAAUGCGAGGACCCGCUACCAACUGCUGGCCACCAUCAUAGUCAACAUCAUAACGUUUGGCCAUGGCGUGGGCGUUGGCUGGCUGUCGCCUACCUUGAGCAAGAUCCAGACACCCGACACGCCCCUCGACUUCCAAGUGGGCAUCGCAGAGAUUUCCUGGCUGGGCUCCAUGCUGGGCUUGGGCAGCCUCCUGGGCAACCUAACUAUAGCCCUUCUGCUGGAGCGAAUGGGCAGAAAGUUUUGCAUCUACCUGCUGGCAGGACCCUAUGCGUGCCUCUGGAUUCUCAUCUACUGUGCCUCGAAUGUGUACUACUUGUACGUGGCCCGCUUUCUCUGUGGCUUCACUGGAGGCGCGGGCUAUUUGGUAGUGCCCAUCUACAUCAGUGAGGUGGCCGACAGCAGCAUUCGAGGUUCUUUGACUUCCAUGGUCAUGCUAUCAGUCAACCUGGGCGUACUCGUUGGCUAUAUACUCAGCACCUACCUGGCCUAUCACAUCGUGCCAUUCCUCGCCAUCAUCUUGCCCAUCGCCUACUUCACAGCCAAUCUCUUCCUGCCUGAGACGGCACCCUAUCUGCUGAGGCGCAGUCAGCUGAAUGCAGCUGAAACCUCCUUUAGAUACUAUCAAAACCAGAAAGGAGGCAUGGAGCAGGUCUCCAAGGCGAGCUUCGACGAGCUGCGCUUGGCCAUAGAUGUGCAGCAGGCACAGAAUCAGACUGCUCUAACCUAUAGGGACUUGAUUACUAAGCCCGCCCUGAAAGCCUUCGCAGCAUCUAUCGUUCUCUCCAUGGGCUAUCAAUUCAGCGGCAUAUUUAGCUUCAUCAACUAUAUGUCCACCAUAUUCGACGCAUCGGGCUCCAUCCUGGAUGUCAACAUCUGCACCAUUAUCAUUGGCGUAGUGCAAAUCGUUGGCGUUUAUACGUCGACCAUCUUCGUAGACAUUAUCGGACGUCGCAUCCUCAUGCUGAUCUCGACAUUGGGCGUGGCUCUGGGCUGCAUCGUCUUUGGCUGCUUCACAUACUUUGGCCAGUUCUACGAUCUGGACUAUCUCAAUUGGGUGCCGUUAGUGCUGAUGAUAAUUAUAAUCUACUUGGGCAACAUUGGGCUCAUUGGACUAUUCUUCGUAGUGCUCGUGGAACUCUUUCCAGCUAAGAUACGUUCCCUGGCCACGUCCAUGUCUGUGGUUUUCCUCAGCGUUUUGGUUUUUGGCACAUUGAAAUUGUUCCCGCUGCUCCUCCAUUAUUUUGGUAUAUCGAUAACCAUGUGGUUCUCGGCAGCUUCCAGUCUUCUAACAUUUGUUUACUUCUUGUUGUUCCUGCCAGAGACCAAAGGCAAGUCAAUGAUUCAGGAUUAGACUCUGAAUAUUUAUGUAUAAGAAAUAAAUUAGUUUUUA